AAUCACGACGAAGACUUUGCCAACUGGCCCCAGAUGAAGGUCCUUGAGCUGGGGGGUAACUCCAUUACCAGAGUAGCCAACGGAUCCUUCAAAGGCUUAUCACAGCUCUGGUUUCUGUCUCUGCCGGGCAAUGAUAUUCAAGAUUUGCCAGAGGGUGUAUUCCGAACCCUACCGGAACUUCUGCAUCUUGAUCUGAGUGGCAAUGAGAUCGGGAACCUUCGGGAAAACAUCUUUGAUGGAAACCCGAAACUAGAAAUGCUGCUGCUUAAUGGCAAUCCCUUGACUUGGAUAGCUCCAACUGCUUUUGGACCUCUACGAAAUCUACGUCUUUUGGAUCUAACCAAUUGUGGGCCACUGCCGGUUCUUAAAGUUCCCGGUGCUCAAUCCCUGAUUCUAGAUAAUAUCGGACUAAAGUAUUUGGAAAUCGUGGACAGUGCUAUCAAACUCCAAGCCAGGAACAACCAGCUAACCAAUAUACGCUUAGCCGACAAGAGCUCAGUCACCGAGCUUGAUCUGCAAAACAAUUCCCUUACUACCUAUGAUAUCCCCGAUCUUCUAAUGGGCAUGUGGAGACUUCAACGUCUGGACCUGUCCAGAAAUCUCAUUCACAAAUAUCCGGCGGCGGGAAGCGAUAACUCAAGCGAGCUCUUUCUCUUGCCCAACCUUAUGUUCGUAAACCUCUCAGCGAAUUUUCUACAGCGUCUGCACUACGACUCUCCGUUUCCAUGGACAAGGCUCACCCAUCUAGACUUGUCCUACAAUAGAAUAUUUAGCCUACCAGCGACUGCCAUUAACGAUGCCUUCAAUCUUCAGAGCUUGCACCUAGAGGGAAAUUAUCUUAGUUAUUUUUCACCCAAUACUUUUAAGAAAUCGCACCCAGCUCUUAAAGAGGUGGCACUAUACGACAACAAAUUCAAGCCUGAAGUGUAUGAAAAUAUUACCAAGUUCUUAAGAGGCAUUGAAGUUAACGUACUAGAGAAACCCCAACAUGAUUUACCAAUAGAGAAAACACAAGAUGAUCUUUCGAAAAACUCUAUUGAGAAAAACGAACCUGUUUAUCCGAGCAACGAAACUUUAAAGGAAGCAAUUGGAAACUUAACAUUACCUUCCAAAAAGGAGCUUGAAGUUUGCUCUUUCGCAGGUUCCGUGAAGGCAGAUAUUGAUCAAAAUUGGAGUAUGUGGAAUAUCCUGAUGGCUGUCCUCCUUAUAGCUUCUCUAGUCCUGAACGGUAUUCUGAUCGUGCAACACUACCGCUUAAGAGGAAGACACUUGAUUCCCCAGGAUAGCCCACUUUCAUCAUUGGAAACGACGUUCAUCAGCGACUUUUUCCCGGAUGAUCCAAUUCUUCAUUAA